AAUGUGAGCCAAGCCUAUGCAUGGGGCGCAUGUUUUUUUUAUUUUUUUUAUGUCACUACGCAUGCACACAAUUCGUUAGCUUGAGAAGGGAACAUGGCGGCGUCCCUGAUUUGCGGCCGAUUGUCGGCUAGCCUGAGAAAUUCUGGGGCAAGAUCGACGCGUAAUACUGCAUCCAAAGUGCUGGGUGGUUCCUCCGGCCUUCUUGGGGCUCAGCAGCAGCCCUCCCACCUUCAGCAGCAGCAGAGGAACCUCUCCCUGCAUGAGUACAUGAGCAUCGGCCUGCUCAAAGAGGCUGGCGUUUGUGUGCCCGAGGGCAAGGUUGCUAGCUCACCCGAUGAAGCCUACUCUGUUGCCAAGGAGAUUGGCACCAAGGAUCUAGUGGUGAAGGCUCAAGUGUUGGCUGGAGGCCGAGGCAAAGGUACCUUCGAGGGAGGUCUGAAGGGAGGAGUGAAGAUUGUCUACUCUCCAGAGGAGGCCCGGGACAUCUCCUCUCAGAUGAUUGGUCGUAAGUUGUACACCAAGCAGACAGGCGAGCAGGGCCGUAUCUGUAACCAGGUGUUCAUCUGUGAGCGCAGGUACCCCCGCAGGGAGUACUACUUCGCCAUCACCAUGGAGAGAUCCUUUCAGGGCCCCGUGUUGAUUGGCAGCUCUCAGGGGGGCGUGAACAUCGAGGAUGUGGCAGCGGAGAAUCCCGACGCCAUUGUGAAGGAGCCAAUCGACAUCAUGGAGGGAAUCAAGAUGGAACAAGCUGUUUCGAUUGCCACAAAGAUGGGCUUCCCUGCUGCUCUGAUUGACGAUGCAGCUGCUAACAUAAUCAAGCUCUACAACGUCUUCAUGAAGUUUGACGCCUCCAUGCUGGAGAUCAACCCCAUGGUGGAGGACGCCUCUGGCCAGGUGAUGUGCAUGGACGCCAAGAUCAACUUUGACUCGAACGCAGCGUAUCGCCAGAAGAAGGUGUUUGACAUGCAGGACUGGACCCAGGAGGAUGCCAGGGACCGACAGGCAGCCAAGGCUGACCUCAACUACAUUGGCCUGGAUGGAUCCAUCGGGUGUCUGGUGAACGGGGCUGGUCUUGCCAUGGCCACCAUGGACAUCAUUAAGCUGCAUGGUGGCACGCCCGCCAACUUCCUGGACGUGGGGGGCGGAGCUACAGCCCACCAGGUGAUGGAGGCCUUUAAACUCAUCACCUCUGACAGGAAGGUGCAGGCCAUCCUUGUGAACAUCUUUGGUGGCAUCAUGAGGUGUGACAUCAUCGCUCAGGGCAUCAUCAUGGCUGUUACAGACCUGGACCUGAAGAUCCCCAUUGUGGUGCGGUUACAAGGAUCCAGAGUGGAUGAUGCCAAAGCUUUGAUUGCCGCUAGCCCACUGAAGCUCCUGGCCUGUGACGAUCUGGACGAGGCCGCUAGAAUGGUUGUAAAGCUUUCUGAAAUUGUGUCGCUGGCUCAGGAGGCUCAUGUGGACAUCUCUUUCCAGCUUCCACUCUAAGCCAUGUCCCUUGACUCUAUGACCCCAUCUGAACCCUGACACCCCACCCCUUGAACAACAAGAAGAGCCUCUCAUUACUGAGCGAAUACUCCAAUACAACACAGCCCACCAACUUCUGUUAGUUCUGUUUCUCUCUUUCUCUCUCUCUGUGGCAAGGCUCCAAAAUACACACACACACAGGUAACUGCCAAAUUAAAGGAAACUAAGUAAAUGAGGGAUACAAAGUUGCAUGGCAACCCAGACUCCUUGCUCGUGCCAAACGCUACGCCACGUCCACGAACGUUAGUUUCUUCACUGCAAAGAGUUUGGAUCUGAGUACCUUCCCGACCCUUCACCUGUCUGCCCCUGCAGGAAUGCCUUAUAUUGAGUGGUCUGAGAAUUGGAGAUGGGGUAAGAAUUAGGGGGGGGUUGUAGGGGAGGUGCCCAUUGUAAUGACAGCUGCUAGGUUGUGACACUGGACUAAUACUUGGCGAACACUUCAGCUAAGAAAACAGUUUAUGGAAUGUAAAUCACUCUUAGAGAGUACCUCUUAUGUCAAUCAUUUCAUCUCCAUGCAAUUUGAAAUGCAUAGCUGAAUAGUGGAUUGUUCUGAUUCUGGCGAGAGAGACUGACUCAUACCUGGAUAAAAGCAUCGGAGUACUCCUUUACUCCUGAACUAGUAAGAGUUAUUUGUGAGUGUUUAGUGUGUGUGAUAUCUAAACUACUGCUUAUCUGGUUGACUGCCUGUUUGUGUAUUUGUCUCUUCCAUCCCUUCUAUCGGAGGGUCUCCUAUAUAAUAGUCUGCCAACAUGUCACAGGAACAACCUUUCUCACUCUGUUCAGGUACAUAUGAUGACAAAAAUGUGGGUGGGCCGUGUCCACUCAACUGUUAAAAGAUUGUACUGUCGUUAAGUCUUCUCUCUUUCUCCUUAUCUCCCUCUAUUCCUCUGUAUCUGUUACUUCCCAGCCCUCAGAAUACAGAAACACACAUAUUGUGAGUUGUAAGACAUUUAUUAUAUCUUGUAAAUAACGAGACCGCUGUUCUCUUCUAUAAAAUAUUUAUGCUUCUCUUGGGGAGUAAAAUAAAAAUGAAUAAAUAGAGAACACCGA